AAGAGGGAGCGUCGGCCGGGCUCCGGGCGUCUGAAAUAUUGCGUUCAGCACCACCGCGGCCGCUCGCAGGGAAAGACGAACUAGCUCCUUCUGAUCAUUUGCAAUGCUCGUGUUGCGAGAGAGUGGAUCGGGGCAUAGACCUUCUCUGCCCUACUCGCUGGGACAUCUGGAGCCCCAGUCCUAGGUGCUGGCGCUGGCGAGCGCGGAGAGGCUGUGUUAUUGAUGAUGCUUUCGUGACAAAGGAAGAGGCAGUGUGGUUGGAGAGAGCAGCGACUGACUGACUGACUGCCCGGGCGGAUUGUGAACCUGCUGUUUAAAUCGGGGCGAGCCAUCCGCAGCAUCACAACCAUGCCGGUGAGAAGAGGGCAUGUUGCACCGCAAAACACCUUUUUGGGGACUAUUAUCAGGAAAUUCGAGGGUCAAAAUAGAAAAUUCAUUAUUGCCAAUGCGAGGGUGCAGAACUGUGCGAUUAUUUACUGCAAUGAUGGGUUUUGCGAAAUGACUGGCUUCUCCAGACCGGACAUCAUGCAGAAACCUUGUACGUGUGACUUCCUCCAUGGCCCAGAGAGCAAGCGGAAUGCCAUUGCCCAGUUCGCCCAAGCUCUGCUUGGCUCAGACGAGAGAAGAAUAACUGUCAUCUUCUAUCGCAAAGACGGAUCAACAUUCUUGUGCAACACCCAUAUCAUUCCAGUCAAGAAUGAAGAAGGAUUGGUCAUAAUGUUCAUUAUAAACUUUGACUUUGUCGAUGAAGAGAAAUCCUUGCUGUCUCCCGACGAUAUAAAUCACAUGUCACCAGGCAAAGAAACACGCCAAAGACGGUUCUUCAGGUUGAAGUUGCCUGCAAUCCGGCUGCUAACAUUCAGCAAACAGUCUCUGCCUCAGGAGGACCCAGACGUGGUGGUGGUGGAAUCAUCUAAAGUCAGCAAUGACUCGUUGGCCAUGAAGGACUUGAGGUCACCCACAAGUGAAAGCUGCGGACCCUCGGAGUUUGAGGACACAAAAGCAUUGACAGAUCCGGGCAGUUCCCCACCCUUUAUCAACCUGCUGCCAGGACCCCUAGACCAUUCCUCACCAAAGCGGCAAUGGGACCGGCAGGAUCCGGAUAUGUUACAGACUACCUCUGGCCUAACCUACAAUCAGUCAAGGGAAAGUGUGUGCAGUCUACGGAGAGCAUCUUCAGUCCAUGAUAUGGAAGGAUAUCACGUCAACUCUCGCAUCAUAUUUCGGGAUCGACAUGCAAGUGAAGACAACGGACGCAAUAUCAAAGGACCUCUGAGUCAUUUCAAGUCCAGUCUCCUGGGCUCAACCUCCGAUUCUAAUCUCAACAAGUACAGCACAAUUAGCAAGAUACCGCAAAUCACCCUGAACUUUUCGGAUAUAAAAGCUGAGAAGACUUCAUCUCCACCUUCGUCAGAGAACACCAUCAUAGCACCCAAAGUGAAGGAGAGGACACACAAUGUGACAGAGAAGGUGACGCAGGUUCUAUCUCUCGGAGCUGAUGUUUUACCUGAGUACAAGCUGCAGACUCCUCGGAUCCACAAGCUCACCAUCCUGCACUAUAGUCCGUUCAAGGCCGUUUGGGACUGGCUGAUCCUCCUCCUGGUGAUCUACACGGCGAUCUUCACUCCCUACUCUGCCGCCUUCCUGCUCAAUGACAGGGAGGAGCAGAAGAGGAGAGAAUGCGGAUACUCCUGCAGCCCGUUGAAUGUGGUGGAUUUAAUUGUGGACAUUAUGUUCAUUAUCGAUAUCCUAAUAAACUUCAGGACGACUUACGUGAACCAAAAUGAAGAGGUGGUUAGUCAUCCGGCCAAGAUAGCGAUUCACUACUUCAAAGGCUGGUUCCUCAUCGACAUGGUUGCCGCCAUACCCUUUGACCUUCUGAUCUUUGGGUCAGGGUCAGACGAGACGACCACGCUGAUCGGCCUCCUGAAGACGGCUCGUCUGCUGCGUUUGGUAAGAGUUGCCCGUAAACUGGACCGCUACUCCGAGUACGGGGCAGCCGUUCUGAUGCUGCUCAUGUGUAUAUUCGCCCUGAUCGCUCACUGGCUGGCCUGCAUUUGGUACGCCAUUGGCAACGUGGAGAGACCUUACCUGGUGCACAAGAUCGGGUGGCUGGACUCGCUGGGCGAGCAGAUUGAGAAACGGUACAACUACAGCGAUGUCAGUUCAGGACCGUCCAUCAAAGAUAAAUACGUGACCGCACUCUACUUCACCUUCAGCAGCCUCACCAGCGUCGGCUUUGGCAACGUGUCACCAAACACCAACUCAGAGAAGAUCUUUUCCAUCUGCGUCAUGCUAAUUGGUUCACUAAUGUAUGCCAGUAUCUUUGGCAACGUCUCUGCCAUUAUCCAGCGGCUGUACUCUGGCACGGCAAGGUACCACAUGCAGAUGCUGCGAGUCAAGGAAUUCAUACGGUUCCAUCAGAUUCCCAACCCUCUCCGUCAACGACUGGAGGAAUACUUCCAACAUGCUUGGACGUACACAAACGGCAUUGACAUGAAUAUGGUCCUUAAGGGGUUUCCUGAAUGUCUCCAGGCAGAUAUCUGCCUUCACCUCAAUCAAGCAUUACUGCAGAACUGCAAGGCGUUCAAAGGAGCCAGUAAAGGAUGUCUCCGAGCCCUGGCCAUGAAGUUUAAAACCACACACGCUCCACCUGGAGACACUUUGGUCCACAGUGGUGACAUACUUACUGCACUUUACUUCAUCUCUCGGGGGUCGAUAGAAAUCCUGAAGGAUAACAUUGUCGUAGCAAUCCUUGGGAAAAAUGACAUCUUUGGUGAAAUGAUCCAUCUUUACGCGAGACCGGGGAAAUCUAAUGCUGAUGUUCGGGCACUCACAUACUGCGAUCUGCACAAGAUCCAAAGGGAAGAUCUACUGGAGGUUUUGGACAUGUAUCCAGAGUUUUCUGACUUCUUCUUAACAAAUCUGGAACUCACGUUCAAUUUACGGGAUGAAGGCUCAAAGGCAGACAUCCUUCUCCAAGCAGAAUCCAGUGAUGAUUCAGACCAGGAUAUUCCCAGACUGAGAAGAAGAAAACUUUCCUUCAAGAAGAAAACUAACGCAGUCAUAUUUGCUAUCACAGAUGAUGAUGAAGAUGAAUAUGGGAAGCAAGGAGCGUCGCAAGACAUCCCAAGUAGUGAACAGCAACUUUACUACAGAAAACGUGACUCAGAAGAGAGACGGAGUGCGUCAUCCUCCUGUUCUACCUCCAUGGAUGAAGAGAAGAAGCCAUUAUGUUCUGGCAUUCUGGAUUAUCCAGCCGAGAUAGAAGUGAACUGCAGACUAGACUUUGCACAGGGACCUGACAUUCAGAGCCGAAGAGCUGGAAAAAGAGCAAAGUGUCCAGAUGCCAGCGAGAGACUAAAGGAUUGGGAAAGUGGAAAACCUGUGGAAUAUCCUGAUAUGUCCACCCAGUCUGCAUCUUCUCAUGCAGCCCCUGGUAUCUCAGAGUCAGGAAGCGACUUAACCUACGGUGAGGUGGAGCACAGAUUAGAUUUACUUCAAGAACAUCUCAGCAGAUUGGAAACACAGAUGUCGACUGACAUUCAUGCCAUCUUGCAGUUACUACAACGGCAGUCUAUGGUGGGACCUCCGGCAUACAGCAUGGUGACCGGGGCAGGAGACUACCAGAGACCAUCGUCGAGAGUGAUACAUACCGUCCAACCCGUAUCCACUAACCACAGUUUCCCAACAACUCCACAGAGUCCAGAAUUUUUGGACUUUGAGAAAUCCAACCUGAAAUCCAAAGAGUCAUUGUCCAGUGGUGUUCACCUCAACACUAUAUCGGAAGACAACUUUGCCACGUUUUUGGACCAAGAACAAGAGCAAGAGUCGCCGUUGCAACUACUACAGGUGCAGCCCUCCCUACAGUCAACACGACACCCCUCCUUACCCAACCCCUCAAUACACACCACGGGACUGUUGGGUCUCCAUAGGCAUCUGUCAGAUCCUGGUCUUCCAGGCAAAUAACCAAUGAGCACUCUGCAUCUCAAUAGUUUUGCUGCUUUGAGUGGCUGUUUUUCCUUUUGAUGAAUAGCAUCCUCCAUGUACGACUCAGGGGUCUGUGAAAGAAACUGUCCAUAUGCAAAAGCACUGUAGAUUCAUAUCAGCUCUGAGCUCCCAAUGUCAAUGUUCCUCUUUAACAAUGAUCUGAAAGCUUCAAUAACGAUACAUUUAAAACAUCGUCGCACUGCCAGUAAUCGAAGGCACCUUAAAUAAUAAUAAGCCUGAAAUGCAUGCCGUUACAUUGGUUUCUGUGUUGCAUGAAGUUAAUUUGAACUCAAACUAGAGAGCUCAUGGGUUGGGGAGGGCGGCGGGAGGG